UUUAUUUUCUAUCUUUUCCUUCUUUUUGUAUUGUUUAUAAUAACACUAAUAAUCAUGGAGGCAGCACAAGUAAUUCAUAUUAAAGCUAUUAUAGAUACAGUUUGUCCAUGGUGUUUUAUUGGCAAACGUAGAAUGGAAAAAGCUAUACAUGAAUUUCAAUUAAAAAAUCCAAAUGUGACCUUUUAUCUACAUUGGUUACCUUAUCAACUUGACCCUAAUCGUACUCAGUCAACAAUCAAGCUCGAAACAUAUCGUAGAAAGUUUGGAAAGGACGAAUUUGAUCAACAAAUUGCCCCCAAAGUUAUUUCAGCUGCUGAAUCAGUAGAUAUUAAGCUCGCAUUUGGUGGUGUGAUUUCUAACACCUUUGAUUCACAUCGUCUUAUUUGGUGGUCUAAACAGUUUGAUAAACAAAACGACAUGGUUGAAAGAAUAUUUGAGUUAUAUUUUGAACAAAAUUUAGAUCUUUCAAAUCAUGAGUUAUUAGCUGCUGCUGCUGAAAAGGCUGGAUUAGUUAAAGAAAAGGCAUUCGAAUUUCUCCAAAGUGAUGAAGGUACUAAAGAAGUGAAAGAAUUACUUCAACUUAAUGCGUUUAAUCAAGUGAAUGGCGUACCACAUUACAUAAUCAAUGAUAAAUAUGGUGUUUCAGGCGCUCAAGAACCUGCAACUCUUAUUCACGUUUUUGAAAGAAUUAUCAAGCUUGAAUCUGCUGGGUUAUAAAAAAAAAAAAGACAAAGAUCAUAGCAAAGAUACAUAAUACUUAAAUUUAGAAAUAAUAUAGCAGCAACUAAUAAUAAUGAGUGAUAUCACAAAUCAUAAUACUUUGUUAACAAUAACAUCUUUAUUUAUAUCUUCCUUA